CCCUUUCAUCGUCUUCCUCCCUUCUCCUUCCCUUUCUUCCCCCUGAAACUUUCCCCCCAAUUUUCCAUUCCCCCAAACACAAACCUUAAUCAACACGAAAUAAAAAAAAACCCCAAACAAAAAGGGGAACAAAAAUAUAAACACGAAAAAGGAAAUUUGAAAAAGGGGGGAAAAUGUACAGAAGGAAGUAGGGGGGAAAUUAAUCAAACACGAACACACAAUGACAACUCGCAGCAACAAUCUUCUUCGCUCUCGUGAUUCCUUCUAACGUGAAUGGCAACCUUGAGGUCAAAAGACAAAUCAUCGUCACAAUCCCCGUCCCCCGCCGGCGCCCGUCCGCCUCAGAGUAAUGCCCGCCGCCGCACAUCUCGCGACGACGACGACCUAGACAUGCCCGGAAGCCACAACAACUACACCGUCAUGAUGCCGCCGACGCCCGACAACCAACCGGGAUCCAAGUCCGACAACAAGCCCGACGGCCCAAGCCCACACUCUGGCUCCCGCUUCGGGGCUCGGCCCACACCCGGGCCCAAGAUGGACCGCCGGAUGUCGAUCAUGACGUCCACCAACAACAACAAAUCGAUGCUGCUUCGGACCCAGACCGGCGAUUUCGACCACAACCGAUGGUUGUUCGAGACCAAAGGGACGUACGGCGUCGGGAACGCGUACUGGACCGACGACGGCCGCGAUGGGCCCGAUAUUGGGCUCAGCAUGUCGGAUUUCAUGGACAAGCCGUGGAAGCCAUUGACCAGGAAGGUCAAAGUUCCCCCGGGAACUCUCAGCCCGUACAGGGUGUUGAUCGUGAUUCGAUUGGUUGUUCUCUUCUUCUUCCUCGGAUGGCGACUCCAGAAUCCCAACAGGGAAGCAAUGUGGCUGUGGGGAGUUUCUGUUGUUUGCGAGCUCUGGUUCGCCUUCUCCUGGCUUCUCGACAUUCUCCCCAAAUUCAACCCAAUCAAUCGGGCCACCGACCUGGCCGCUUUGAAGGACAAGUUCGAGCAGCCCUCCCCUUCCAACCCAACCGGCCGGUCCGACCUACCCGGAGUCGAUGUCUUCGUCUCGACCGCCGACCCGGAGAAGGAACCGCCCUUGGUCACCGCCAAUACCAUGCUCUCCAUUCUCGCUGCUGAGUACCCGAUCGAGAAACUCGCCGCCUAUAUCUCCGACGACGGUGGCGCCAUUCUCACCUUCGAGGCCAUGGCGGAAGCCGUUCGCUUUGCUGAGAUAUGGGUUCCGUUCUGCCGCAAGCACAACAUAGAACCGAGAAAUCCGGACAGCUACUUCAAUUUGAAAACGGACCCGACGAAGAACAAGAAGCUGCACGAUUUCGUUCGCGAUCGGCGGUGGAUCAAGAGGGAAUACGACGAGUUCAAGGUGAGAAUCAACGGCCUCCCCGAGGUGAUUCGCAAGCGGUGCGAUGCGCUGAAUAGGAGGGAAGAGAGGAAGGAGAAAGCGAUCGCCAGGGAGAAGAACGGCGGCACGCUCCCGCCGGAAGGUGUGACGGUGCAGAAGGCGACGUGGAUGGCCGACGGGACUCACUGGCCGGGGACGUGGUGGCAGUCGGCUCCGGAUCACGGCAAAGGCGAUCACGCCGGGAUCGUGCAGGUGAUGAGCCGGGUACCCGAACCAGAACCGGUUAUGGGCGGACCGGACGAGGACCGGAUCAAUUUCACCGGAGUCGACAUCAGGGUCCCGAUGUUUGUCUACGUCUCCCGUGAGAAGAGGGCCGGUUAUGACCACAACAAGAAGGCCGGAGCCAUGAACGCCAUGGUUCGUGCCUCGGCCGUGCUGUCCAAUGGACCCUUCAUUCUCAACUUGGAUUGUGAUCACUACUUUUACAACUCUCUCGCGAUAAGAGAAGGGAUGUGCUUCAUGAUGGAUCGCGGCGGUGACAGAAUCUGUUACGUACAAUUUCCCCAGAGAUUCGAAGGCAUCGAUCCGUCGGAUCGAUAUGCGAAUCACAACACGGUCUUCUUUGACGGAAGCAUGCGUGCGCUUGAUGGACAACAAGGUCCGGUCUACGUGGGAACCGGGUGCAUGUUUCGAAGAUACGCAUUGUACGGCUUCCUGCCGCCGAGAGCAAACGAGUACCUCGGAGUGUUUGGUCGGAUAAAGAGCAGGGCUCCUAGUGCUCCCGUACACUUGGAAGAUUCAGAGCCAUCGACUUCUGACCACCCUGAUCUCAACCUGCCCAAAGGAUUUGGAAACUCCCAAUUGUUCAACGAGUCCAUAGCCGUGGCAGAGUACCAAGGUCGGCCGCUCGCCGAUCACAUCUCCGUCAAGAACGGCAGGCCUCCUGGCGCAUUGCUGGCCCCUCGCCCGCCUCUCGACGCACCUACGGUCGCCGAGGCAGUUGCCGUGAUUGCUUGCUGGUACGAGGACAAGACGGAAUGGGGUGAUAAGAUAGGUUGGAUCUACGGAUCGGUGACGGAAGAUGUGGUGACAGGCUACAGAAUGCACAAUAGAGGGUGGCGAUCCGUCUACUGCGUGACGAAGCGCGAUGCCUUCCGUGGCACGGCACCGAUCAAUCUCACGGACAGGCUGCACCAGGUGCUCCGAUGGGCGACGGGGUCGAUCGAGAUCUUCUUCUCGAAAAACAACCCGCUGCUGGCGAGCAGGAGGCUCAAAUUCCUGCAGCGGAUAGCCUACCUCAACGUCGGCUUCUACCCCUUCACGUCGGUGAUCCUGGUGGUCUACUGCUUCCUUCCAGCUUGGUGCCUCUUCACCGGAAGCUUCAUCGUGCAGUCGCUCAACGUGGCGUUCCUCUGCUACCUCCUCGUCAUCACGGUGACGCUGACUCUGCUCUCCCUCCUGGAAGUGAAGUGGUCGGGGAUCGAGCUGGAGGAGCUCUGGAGGAACGAGCAGUUUUGGGUCAUCGGUGGCACCAGCGCACAUCUCGCUGCUGUGAUCCAGGGGCUGCUCAAAGUGAUAGCUGGGAUAGAGAUCUCCUUCACGCUGACCUCGAAAUCGGCGGGGGAGGACGAGGAGGACAUUUAUGCCGAUCUCUACGUGGUGAAAUGGACCAGUCUGUUCAUAGUGCCACUCACCAUCAUUGUAGUGAACCUCAUGGCAGUUGUGAUCGGCAUGUCGAGGACUUUGUACAGCGUGAUACCUCAGUGGGGGAAGCUCUUUGGAGGGCUCUUCUUCAGCUUCUGGGUCAUUGCUCACAUGUACCCUUUCAUCAAAGGGUUGCUUGGAAGGAGAGGAAGAGUGCCGACCAUCGUCUACGUGUGGUCGGGUAUCCUUUCCACGACGAUAUCUUUGCUCUGGAUAUCAAUCAGCCCUCCCAGUGAUAGCACCUCUACUGGAAGCAUUACCAUAUAA